AUGCUGGAAGAUAGAGAUGAAACCACUACAUCGACACAGUAUCAACCUCAAGCUCUAUCUUCGGGAAAUGUAUCGGAGAGAGUGGAAAGAGCCACCUCAUGCUUUUCAUCGCCGUCAGUCAUAAGAGGAGAUUUAAAUCAUUUGCUUGAAAUGAUCCAUGAAAAAGAUUCACGAAUUAAAGAAUUGGAGAAGGAUUUAAACGAGAGCAACAAAUUGGCUUCGGAGGUUCAAUUUCGUCUCCUUGAAACGAAACGAAUCAUUGAGGAGAGAGAAAGAAGCCUUAGUUCUACAGUUCCAGAAGAGCUCAAAUCUGUGGUAAUGAACUUGAACAAGAGAGUUGAGACGGAAGUUUUGGAGAAAGAAGUCCUCCACAAAGAAGCCAAUCAUUACAAAUCCUCUUUGAAAAUGUACAAAAAAGAAAAUAAGGAUUUAAAAGACAUGAUUCAAGACUUGACGAAAAAGAAUGCCUCCUUAGCAGAGGAGCUUGUAAAAAUUCAAAGAGAACAUGAUUCAAGAACGGAACAAAUUGAAAACAAAAACAAGGUGGAAGAAGAGUCCAACACGUCACUCAUUAAAAAAUAUGAACGUCUCAAGAUGAAGAGCAGAGAGAUGUCAACCUCUCUAGAGCAGUACAAGAAGCAAUCAGAGCAAACCAACACUGAAUUGGAACAAACAAAACAAAAGUGUACAGAACUUCAAAAUCAAGUGGCAUUCCUGCAAGGACAAUUGUCACAAGAGCUCAAACGACGAGAGGAUCAUGUGGAAGAGAAGAAACGACUGCUUUCGGAAAUUAAUAAUUUCAAGAAGAUGGCUGAUGAAAGCCAAAAAACGCUCAACAAUUUAAAACAGGAGCAAUUCAACACUCAACGAUUAUUGACACAUACGGCCGAGCAACGAAAGAAGCUUGACACGUUGGAAAAUGAAAAUAGAAAAUUACCAGAAUACGAAGAAAAACUAAAGACAUACAGAGCACAAAUCGACAAGCUGCAACAGCAAAAAUCCGAGCUCACGGAUCAACUCACAGAAGCUAGGAACUAUAUCGAUACUUUACAAUCGGAGCGAGCCCAAACCAAUGCUGCCACACAAAAAACCAUCUCAACCAAUGAAGAGGAGAUUAAUUAUUUAAAAACACAACUCAAAAAGAGACAAGACGAAAUUGAACAUUUUCAAGAAUUAACCAAAGAGUUAGAGGCAGACAUGUCACGCCGAAAAGUUGAAAAUAAUGAACUAGUGUCCAAAUAUUUCACUUUGAAAGAGGAGCACGAAACAACGACGGCACAAAUUAACGAGUAUCACCAAGAAGUGGCUGCACUCAAAGUUCAACUCACACACUUUGCAAAGAUACAAGCUCAAUUUAAUGCAUUGAAAGAAGAAAAUGAAUCAUUGCGCACAGUCAACUCCAAAUAUAUGGAACGAUUUGCAGAGACAGAAUCCGAGUUGUUAGAAAAGAACGAACAAAUAAGAACAGCCUCUAAGCAGUUGAUGGAGAAGAAAAAAGAAAGUAAACGAGAGAAGCUGACCUAUAACCAAGAAUUACGUGAGGCUUUGGAGAGAAAUAAGGAACUGCAAACAAAGCUCACCUCGGCCGAAAAUGCAAUUGAAGAUUUUCGAGAAAAGCUGAAAACUUUUGUCAAACAAUUGAACGACACACAGAAACUGAAUAAGCAAGACAAGGAUAUGCUAAAAGAACAACUUGACAAGAAUGCUCAACUAAAUGAAGAAAUUAAGAAAUUGAACGUGACUGUGUCAAAUCUCAAACGAAAUUUAAAACAAAAGGAAGAAGAACUUUCUAUCAAGAAUAACGCAUUGAAUCAUUGA